AUGGGUAUAGACGAGCAAAAAGAAGAGCGGGAGGUUCUUGACUCUAUCUUUCCAGAUGAAAUCACAGAUAUUUCAGAUACUUCCUACCGAAUAUCCAUAACUCUGGAGGUUCCGAAUGAGACUCACGACGAAGGAUUCGAGCCUCCAGUCCUCCUUUUGAAUGUCACAUAUCCCGAGGCCUACCCUGAUGUUGGUCCACACCUUGAUAUUACUUCCCCACCCAAUGGCGUGAAACAUCCUCGACUGGACAUAUCAGAAGACAAGGUUCAAUUAUUAGAUGCAUUACGGCCCACGAUAGAAGAUUCUCUAGGCAUGGCAAUGGUCUUCACUUUGGUGACGACAUUGAAAGAGGCGGCAGAGACAUUGAUUUCUGAUCGACUGCGUCAAGCAGAAGCUGCGCGGGAGCUUGAAGUCCGUCAAAAGGAGGAAGAAGAGAACAGAAAAUUCCACGGAACAUUGGUAACGAGAGAGCGAUUUUGGGAAUGGAGGGCAAGGUUUCGAAAAGAGAUGGAGGAGAAAGAGAGGAAGCAAAAGGAAGAGGAAGAAGCGGAAGACAAAAAGAAAAAGGGGGCCAAAAUUGAGGAGAAGAAAUUGACCGGCAAACAACUUUGGGAGAGAGGUCUUGCUGGGAAGGGUGAUGAAGAAGAUCUGGAGGGAGAUGAUGCCGUCGCUGCGGUGGAAAAACUCAAGGUCGAUGGCUAG